AUGGCGAACAUCUUUCAUGUUAACCUCAGUACUUUGCACCAAAACGAGCACAUCCUUAUUUUUUUUGUAAAGGCUUACCUUUACGAAGCACGAUUGUCAGAUCUCAAGAUGAGUACUGUAUCUUUAGGAAGUGAAGCGUCUUCCCAGUGGAAUGUUUCCGCACAGCGAAUACUAACAGCGCGAGGACCUCACUUUGUGUUCUCGGUCGGACCGAACAACUCGACUCAACGGACAAUGCAGUUUCUUGCACAACUUGUGGUGCUCACCGGUCUCGUAUCGGGGGGCCUUGCCAACGGCAGCUGCAGUGGGCCGGCCGCGCGGACAACGCCUCCAAAAGGAGCUAUCGUCGUUGAUGCCACUGGCAAACACCCCGGCAGCUACAAGACCGUUUCUGAAGGCGUGGCCGAAAUUCCCAGCACGGCGGCAGAACACACACUCUUUAUGUUUCUGGGUUCAACCAACCGCCAUCAAUGCUCUUAG